AAUAAGAGCCAGGCGGCCCUCGCUUCUCCGUGCCCGACUUUUCAUAGGCUGGGAACGAAUAGGUUGAGAAACUUGACAUUGUCUUGGGCAGAGUGCGUGUAGCAACAGAUCAAAGAAAAAGAGGACGAAAACGUGCGCUUUGCUGCCGGUGGACUUCGCCCAGUUGCUUUUGUCUUGGGCUUCUGUUGGCUUUGCUGUCUCCCCUGGGAAGACUGCGGCGUGCGCUUCCAUGCAGCUCGCUCCCUGCCGGAUGGAUCAUGGAAUUCUAAACAUGAGGCAGAUAGCUGAUCAGCUUCCUUGGAUUUUGCUGAUGACACCGGAGAGCUUUGCCUGAAGAUGGAAACACUGGAGUCGGAGCUGACCUGCCCUAUUUGUCUGGAGCUCUUUGAGGACCCUCUCCUGCUGCCCUGCGCACACAGCCUCUGCUUCAACUGUGCCCAUCGCAUCCUGGUGUCACACUGUGCCACCAACGAACCUGUGGAGUCCAUCAGCGCCUUCCAGUGCCCCACGUGCCGGCAUGUCAUCACGCUCAGCCAGCGAGGUCUAGAGGGACUCAAGCGCAACGUCACCCUGCAGAACAUCAUCGACAGAUUUCAGAAAGCAUCAGUGAGCGGGCCCAACUCCCCCAGUGAGACCCGCAGGGAGCGGGCCUUUGACGCCAACACCAUGUCCUCUGCCGAGAAGGUCCUCUGCCAGUUCUGUGACCAGGAUCCUGCCCAGGACGCUGUGAAGACCUGUGUCACUUGCGAAGUGUCCUACUGUGACGAGUGCCUGAAAGCCACUCACCCGAACAAGAAGCCUUUUACAGGCCACCGUCUGAUUGAGCCCAUCCCGGACUCGCACAUCCGGGGGCUGAUGUGCCUGGAGCACGAGGAUGAGAAGGUGAAUAUGUACUGCGUGACCGAUGACCAGUUAAUCUGUGCCUUGUGUAAACUGGUUGGGCGGCACCGUGAUCAUCAGGUGGCAGCUUUGAGUGAGCGCUAUGACAAAUUGAAGCAAAAUUUAGAGAGUAACCUCACCAACCUUAUUAAGAGGAACACGGAACUGGAGACCCUUUUGGCUAAGCUCAUCCAAACCUGUCAGCAUGUUGAAGUCAAUGCAUCACGUCAAGAAGCCAAACUGACAGAGGAGUGUGAUCUUCUCAUUGAAAUCAUUCAACAAAGACGACAAAUUAUUGGAACCAAGAUAAAAGAAGGGAAGGUGAUGAGGCUUCGCAAACUUGCUCAGCAGAUUGCAAACUGCAAGCAGUGCAUUGAACGGUCAGCAUCCCUCAUCUCACAAGCAGAACACUCUCUGAAGGAGAAUGAUCAUGCUCGCUUCCUACAGACAGCUAAGAACAUCACUGAGAGAGUCUCCAUGGCAACUGCAUCCUCUCAGGUCCUAAUUCCUGAAAUCAACCUCAACGACACAUUUGACACAUUUGCCUUAGAUUUUUCCCGAGAGAAGAAACUGCUAGAAUGUCUGGAUUAUCUUACAGCUCCAAAUCCUCCCACAAUUAGAGAAGAGCUCUGCACAGCUUCAUAUGACACCAUCACUGUCCACUGGACUUCAGAUGAUGAAUUCAGUGUUGUCUCCUAUGAGCUCCAGUACACCAUUUUCACUGGACAAGCCAAUGUUGUUAGUCUGUGUAACUCGGCUGACAGUUGGAUGAUCGUGCCCAAUAUUAAGCAGAACCACUACACAGUGCAUGGUCUGCAGAGUGGCACCAAGUACAUCUUCAUGGUCAAGGCCAUCAACCAGGCAGGCAACCGCAGCAGCGAGCCUGGGAAGUUGAAGACAAACAGCCAACCAUUUAAACUGGAUCCCAAAUCUGCUCAUCGAAAACUGAAGGUGUCCCAUGAUAACCUGACAGUAGAACGUGACGAGUCAUCAUCCAAAAAGAGUCAUACACCUGAACGCUUCACUAGCCAAGGGAGCUAUGGAGUGGCUGGAAAUGUGUUCAUCGACAGUGGCCGGCAUUACUGGGAAGUGGUCAUAAGUGGAAGCACAUGGUAUGCCAUUGGCCUUGCUUAUAAAUCGGCCCCAAAGCAUGAAUGGAUUGGGAAGAACUCUGCCUCCUGGGCCCUCUGCCGCUGCAAUAAUAACUGGGUGGUGAGACACAACAGCAAGGAAAUCCCCAUCGAGCCUGCCCCACACCUCCGGCGCGUUGGCAUCCUACUGGACUACGAUAACGGCUCUGUUGCUUUCUAUGAUGCUUUGAACUCCAUCCACCUCUACACCUUCGAUGUAGCCUUUGCGCAGCCUGUGUGCCCCACCUUCACCGUGUGGAACAAGUGUUUGACGAUUAUAACUGGUCUUCCUAUCCCAGACCAUUUGGACUGCACAGAGCAGCUGCCCUGAGCAUCUGGCCAUCAGAGCUGCUUUCUGGGGAAUAACAAAGUUUGAGGCCACUAUUUAGGCAAUGAAGAAAACACAGGCUUCAAGAGUGUGAUUAAAUGUCCCCAGAAAGUGUCCAGAAAUCAGCUAACACAGGGCUCAAAAUAGAUUUCUUUUACUGUGUUUUCUACUAAGGGCAGGCUUUAAUAAUUUCUUUAAAUUUUUUUUGUAUUUAGAGGAAAAUCUAUAGAUUAUUUAUAAAAAGAAAUGUAAUCGGGAUUACAACUCUUAGGAAUUGGUUUUGCACAUUAAGCAGCCCGUCAGUUUACCAGCUCUUACAAGUUUUGUUUCAUCACAGUCUGUGGGGCUGCAAAAACAACAACACACACACCUUUUGUAGAUUUGUACGUUUAAUCACCUUCUCACAUAGUAUUUCAUACUGAGCCCAUGGUAGGUCCUAUCACUUCGACAGUGCAUAGCAGAAUAUGCAGCUGUUUAAAGAUAAAAAUAAUUUUGAACUUAGUAGGGAAGUAAACAGGCUUUCUUUCUCUGGUUUAACUUGAAAUGUUUUAAGUAUAAUGUCAAAAAACAUGUAUCGGAUCAACUAGAAUGGAGAGUGAGUGAGAGAGAAUGGAAGUAAUUAACUGACUUUGGAUCUCAAAAUUCAGCCGUGGCAUAAUCUUUACCUUGUGAUAGCUGAUAGGAAAAUGUUGGAAAGAAAAGUUCCGGAACCUUUGCCCAUAUGUUUCCCUACUUCUUGCAGGGCUAAGGACUGUGAGCUAACAUUAUGAAUGAAAUCAAAAUUGAAAAUAGUCACUUUGAAUCACAUAGAUUAAUCAAAAAUUCAGGCUGGUUUGUGUUUUAUCAGAAGUAGGAUUUUGUUUCAUGGCAUUCUUCCUCCUAAUAGUUUUCUUAGAGCUGUGAAAUUUCUUCAGUACAUUUAAUAGUUGACCUAUUUCUCCUUCCCUAAGUCAAGUUUUCUUUUAUCUCUGGAGCUAAGGAAAUAAACAUGUACUGUCAUAAAUGACAACACCACUUUGGAUUGAUUUUGCUCUCUGGGACAUUAGCACAUGGCCCCAAUCAGCACUACCACAUCCAAAUAUAGAUCACCGAAAAACACUUAAUAUUUAUGAGUUAGUAAAGACAAGGGACAUUACAUAAAGUACUGUUCACUAGUAUAUAUGCCUCAAAAGUUAUUAUAAACAUGUGUUUGUUAAACACAUCUUGAAAAUUGUAGAAGUCCCUGUAUAGUAUAGUUUACUAUAGACUUGUAAUAUGAAAAAAAAAAUCCAACUCACUAUUUCCACACAGGAACAUGCUAAUAGAACUUGCUAAUUAAAUAAAUGUCAGAUGAGAUUCUUUGCAUGCUGAUCCAACACAUUGCAAUGGUCCCUAAACUAAGGCUUUCUCAAUUGGUCUUUGGACUGGGACUUAGGCAUUGGUUCUGUCUUGAUCAUGUGUGUGACCUCUAUAAAUGGUUUCAAUUGCUAAAAUAUUUAUCUGGGCUACCAGAUCAGCCAUUAACUGAACAGUCAGGUGGAUUUAUUUUGGUUUUCGUAAUUUUUUAAGCCAGAUCAACCAGUUGUUUCCCUGAAAUAAGUCAAUAGGCCUAUUGUUUCAGCAUCACAUGGCCAAAGCUGAUAUCAUUGCCAAUCUGGACUUCAAGAAAGACCAAGCUGGUUUCCUGGGUCCUUCUGUUUCUUCCUUAGGAAAUGCUGUCCUUUUUCUUAAUGGAUAGAUUCUAUAUAUUUACUAUAUUAUUUAUACCCAGAUGAAUAUUUUGAUAGCUACUUAAGACAGUAUCACAUUUAAAAAUGGACACCUCAAUGGAGAAAGAAACUAAUCAUUCUCUGGCAACUUAAUGCGAUUUUUUUACAAUAUGAAAACCCUGUGUGUUUGCCUCCUCUGAAUAAACCAAAAGGGUUGCCUCAAUAAUUUUUAUGUACAUUUUGGGUAACUGGAUAAUGGAUAUUUUAAUGCACUUUGUACACUUACAGGUUCUAAAUAAAAGGGUCUAAAACUCAAUUUCUGAGUUUUUAAAAUCAGUCUCCAGGUACCAAUAAAUACUGCAGUUUGCCUUACGAUGCUAACAUAAAGCAUUUUACUAGAAGGACACUAUUUCCAUGAAUAUAAUGUUUUUUAAUAUCAAGAUGUUACUACUCGGAUUUUCACUGCAAGCUGUGUAGGGUGUGUUUGGCUAUUUUUAUAAGGACAAGACAGAUUAUGUUAUAAUUUUGUUGUGGAAGACUCACUCUUGGCUAACUUAAAAAUGUGGAUGUAGCAGUUACUAUUUCCAGGUUGUCAUAUUUACAGGAAAAUGUGUGUAUGGUGAGAGGCUACAGUGUUUACUUUAAUAACUGUAAUGAUGUAGAAAGUAUUCCCAUGUGGAUUUUUUGAAAGUCUAAAAAAUAUAUGCUGUAAACAUUUGCUGCAGUAUAAUUAUGCAUUCUCUUUAAAUGGAUUAAGGUCAAAAUAUUUUAUUUUUCAGUGUCUUCACAGGAAGCAUUUUGAUAUAGGGACAAAAGAGAUGGCAGAACAGAAUUGAUGGAAUGCCAGUCAAGGUUGCAAGGGCUGGCAUCAUGCGUGUGCGAAUGGCUCCUUGCCCAGAGCCCUGGGCUCUGAAGGGCCCUAAGCUUGGUUUGAUGUUCUCCUUUCACUGUCAAAAAAUUCUUAAUAAUAUUCAAACAAGGGGCCUGCAUUUUCACUUUAUAUGGGCUCUGCAUGUUUUGUAGCCAGUCCUCAUAAUGGAACUCAGAAACAUGGUACCUCUUUUCCUAGUGGAUAGAAAUGCAUAAAUCUGGAUCCAAAGUUGAAAGUUGCUGGCCAUAUUGUUCAAGUAGGAAUCGAAAACAUGGAUGAAGGUGAGGGUGGGCCUUGCUGAACAUUGUCUUUCCAGCUUUAAGAGAAAAUGACUUCAAUAACUGACUGCAAACACUGAUGAAGUUUUCUGCUGGAGAAGAAGAAACGGCUUGAGUACAGAGGGGCUUUUUAUUAUGGUACUGAUAUGUUGACCGUAAGCUUCUUGAGCAACUGAACUAGUGCCCUCCAUUCAACAUGAAAUUCCACCCCAGCUCCAGGCGCAUGUGCAGUGCCUACAGAGACACGUGCCUGUUUGCUCACGUUCAUGUGUAUUUGGUGUUGGAAAGCUGACACUUGGUCUUCCUUGAUAAAACAUCGAAAAGCAUACAAAGACAACGGUGACAGCAGGCGCAAUUUAUUGAAAACAAGUGCUUCUCAUCCAGGGCUUCAGUUUGCCCCCAAGGAGACAUUUGGCCAUGUCUGGAAUCAAUUUUGAUUGUCAAAACCUGGGGAAACCACGCUACUGGCAUCUAGUGGGUAGAGGUCCGGGAUGGCUUUAAACAUCCUGUAGCACACAGUGUAGUCCCCACCACAAAGAGUUAUCUGGCCCAAAUUUUAAGAGACUUAGCUUGAAGUCUCUUCAUUCAAGCACUCUUGAUUAUUCGCUUUUUGUAAAUGCAAAACUCUUAUAAAUGUCUUUUAGUCUUUUAGUAAAUGAUUCAGUGCCCAAUAAAGCAAAAAGCAAGAAAGAAAAAGGGGAAUCAUCAGUUCAAAACCUUCACUGCAGUGGCUCCUUCACUUUCAAGAAUGUUUAUAAAAUGGUUAUGAAAAUCUAAAAUCUAUGGAGCAAGCCAGACCUGGGCAAGAGGGAGUCACUGAGAAGUACCACGGUCUGGGUGAACUUAGUUUGGAAAUGAGAAGCCGGCUUUCUUUAUGCCACCUUGCACCUGGACAAACUCAACCCCUGAUACUUGAGUCACACUGCCACGCCCCCAGUCCAGACUAUUCUCUUGAUUGCUGUUGCUUCCUGGUUCAAAAUAAAAUCAUUUUUGUGGCACCAAAA